UCUAUAUAGACAGACCCCUCUCCUCUGCUUGCCAUCCAUUUUGGCGGCAGUUCAAAAAAGAGAAAAAUGAAAGCGCGCAAAAAUGCUCUCCGCCUGCCACUGCGGAGACGGACACGGAAAGCAGAGAUUGGUGAACCGGAACCCGAACCCAACGAGGACCGGGAUUUGGAUUUGGAUCUGGACAAAGCAAGGCUCAUAAGCUUAGCUAUUGAUUUCGGAUUCCACGAAGACUCCGCCAAUAAGUGUUUGGAUCGCAUAAUUGAACUUUACGGUGAGGAUGGAAAGGAUUUCAUCACCGUUGAACACUUUGGCGACGAUUUUCUUGCCGCUUUGGCCGAUUCAAUGCAAGACACGGAGGAUUGGGAUGAUCUGAAAGCCAUAGAAUCAGAGGUUUGUUGUACUCUGGCUGAUAUUCUGGAUAAGGAUGAUCUAGGUGACACUGACGCGGAAAAUGACGGAAAUAUUCCUAGAUACAUCACAGGUGGCUUACCAGAGAGUACAGGGAAAAUGAAUCCAGUGGUGUUGGAUUCUUCUAGUGACAGUGAACAUCUCCACUAUGAGGGAAAGGUCGACAAGACCAGUACCUCCCAUCCUCCUUUACAUGCAUUUGGCUUUGAUAUGAACAGUGAAUGUGCGACUUCUAGUUCGCAUAGGUCUCCUCAAUAUGCGAAAUGUGCAAGCAAGGUUUCUAGAAGUUCAGUUUCAUCUCUAUCAAGUAACUCAAGGUCUUUAUGGACGUCGGUGAAUGGAGAUGUAACUCUUACUUACGGAGAAUUGCAGCGGUUGGAUGACAUCGAGUUAGCAAAUGUUGUAGUAUUUGGAAACCACACUUUUAGACCAUUGCAACAUAAAGCUUGCCAAGCUAUUUUGCAAAAACGUGAUUGCUUUAUUCUUAUGCCUACCGGAGGUGGUAAAAGUUUGUGCUACCAGCUUCCUGCAAUCCUGCAGCCAGGUGUUACAAUUGUAGUAUCACCUCUACUGUCACUCAUUCAAGAUCAGAUAAUCACAUUAAACCUUAAGUUUGGAAUACCAGCAACGUUUUUGAAUUCUCAGCAGAGUUACUCACAAGCAGCUGCUAUAUUGCAAGAAUUAAGGCAAGGUUCAAUGGUUAUUGUGAAACGACAUUGAACGGGAAAGGCAUGUUCUUCUGCAGCGGUCGGAACAUUAUGAAAAUCCCCGAACAUGAUGAGCUUCUCUGGUUAAGAAUCAGAGAAGCUCAUCAGCCCACUUUGCUUCUUACCUCAGACAACACCGUUACUAUUCCUGCAGAAGAAUUUUCAUUUUCAUUUACCCCAGUGCCGCAAAGGCUCCCACCUACGGUGGGGUAGGGGGGGUCGGAUGUAGGCAGUCUUACCCCUGCAUUAAAGCACAGAGAGACUGUUCCGACCGCUGCAUUUCCUGCAGAAGAAAAUGCUCGAUUUUUAAGGAAUGAAAGUUCUACUGUUCCGACCGCUGCAUUUGCUGAACAGGAAAGAUAAACCUUCAUGUAAGCUCCUUUAUGCAACUCCUGAGAGGAUAGUUGGAAACCUACCUUUUCAAGAGGUGCUUAAUUCCCUACACAGGAAGGGAAAUUUAGCUGGGUUUGUCAUUGAUGAAGCACAUUGUGUAAGCCAAUGGGGACAUGAUUUCAGACCAGAUUAUAGACUCUUGAGUUGUCUCAAGCGAAACUUCCCUUAUGUACCUGUGAUGGCAUUAACUGCUACAGCAACCCACACAGUGCGUGAAGAUAUUUUGAAGACCUUAAACAUCCCUCGUGCUCUUGUACUUGAGACAAGUUUUGAUAGAUCAAACUUAAAGUAUGAAGUGAUUGGAAAGGGCAGGGAGCCGCUAAAGCAGCUUGGAGAAGUAUUAGCCAAUCGAUUCAAGAAACUUUCUGGGAUUAUUUACUGCCUUUCAAAAAGUGAGUGCAUGGAGGUUUCAAAGUUUUUGAACGAAAAGUGUAAGAUUAAAUCCACAUAUUAUCACGCUGGGCUGUCGGCACGUCAGAGGGUCACAGCUCAAAGGAGUUGGCGUGCUGGAGAAAUUGAUGUUGUGUGUGCCACUAUUGCUUUUGGGAUGGGAAUAGACAAACCUGAUGUUCGGUUUGUCGUUCACAACACAAUGUCCAAAUCAAUUGAAAGCUAUUAUCAAGAAGCUGGAAGGGCAGGGAGGGAUAACCUCCCUGCAACAUGUAUUGUUUUAUAUCAGAAGAAGGAUUUCAGCCGGUUGGUAUGCAUGUUAAGAAGUGGUCAAGGAUAUAGAAGGGAAAGUUUGAAGUUGGCUAUGGAUCAAGCUAGGAAGAUGCAGAGCUACUGUGAACUAAAGAAUGAAUGCCGUCGGCAAGCAUUAGUUGGACACUUUGGGGAGUUAAUUAACCGCAGUGCUUGCAGAAAUGGUUCCAAUCCUUGUGAUAACUGUCUCAAAAUAUCCUCAUAAAGCUUGCUUGCUUGCUUGAUAUAUAUACCAUCGAGCAUCCACUGUCUGGAGUUGCCUCGUGGUCCAAGCAUUGCUGCCUGCAGGGCUCCAACAGGAAGUGGAUUGAAUCAUUAUACUCCAAGCAACUAGGGGUGUAAAUUAAAUCAUAUACUACUGGGUCCAAGUUUAUUCAGAUACGGAGUAUAAAUUUUUAGGCGUAUGAUUGGAUUCUGAAAUAAAUGCUUCAACUACUCCUUUCAUUUUUGAUCACUCAUUUCAUAUUUUAUAAGUUGGCUCACAACUCACAAGAGAUCCUUAGCGAGCAAAGGGUCAAUCACAAGUCAGUCCUUCUUGUUGUACCACUUUUGUACACACAUUUGUACCCACCCCUUAUUUUGUUUGUGUACUCAGACAAACGUAGACAAAAUGUUGACUUCUUCUUAAUGAAUUGCCUGUGCACAGGUAAAAUAGGGGGUGAGUACAAAAGUGGGUACAAACUGAUUUUUUUGGACAUUUUCUUUGUUCAUUUAACCACUUUGAACAACUUUAUUCUUUAUUCUUUUUAGGGACGGACUGGGCCCGUUCGACCUGACUAGGCCCCUUACCGUGUGGGACCCGCCUGACCCGUUACUGUUUGCCUGCUUUUUUGAAAGAAACAUGUGGAUAUAUUAUAGAACUGUGAGAGUUAGACAUCAUGAAAAAGAUUUGCAACAU